AUGACUUCCUUCUUCACAGUCAACAACAACGUCUCGCUCGUCAGCAUCACUAUUGCUCCAAGCACGUAUCUUAUCACUGUUGCUCUGCUUCUUCUCUUUGCCAUUAUUUACAUCCCCCGUCUUUUGGCUUGCCGAUUUCCUAAUCUGGGCAUACCCUUGCCAUCGCUGGCUUCAAUAUUAAGGCCAAUACUUGGAGACCCAACAGACAGUCAAAGGCAUCCAGCCAAACCUGAAAAGGCCCUACCGGAGCCACCAUAUGCCGCCACUGGACUUGUAUUCGAGGAUCAGCAGCAACUCGUCAUCUCUGGGCAGGAUAUCGUCCUUGCGCAGCGCCGCCAUUACCUCCAACAACAACAAUUAGCUCAACAACAACGACUUCUCCUCGAGAAGCAGAAACAACUUGAGUUUCAAGAAGUAGAAUAUCGUCGUCGUCGGGAUUCGCACCAGGACUCAUCACCAUCAAAAAGAUCUACCGACAAUGGAUCCCCUCGAAGGUCUAGACGCCAGCUUACAGGACUUCGAUCUCCCACCAAGUCCAUCACUGCCACAACACUCAGCUCAUCGCAGCGAAGCAGCAAUGACAGAAGGGGAUCUCGCGGAGUCGGAGACCGCUUCCGCGAUGGCUUCUGGAGAGCUCCUCAGCAGGGCUUUAUGCACCGAGGGAUGAGCACGCUCAGAGAGAGCUCCCCUGAGCUGGAUGACAGUGAGGACGAUGGCGUCCUGGAGAGAGCCAUUCGGACGAGGCUGCCCAGGGGGAGUCAGAGUCCAGGCAAAGGCAGGAGUAUGAGCCCUGAGAAAACGGAUGAUCCCACAAUCCAGUUUCAGCUCCACGAGAAGACAAGCCCUUCAAGAGAGCUGAGCUUACACGAAGCGACACCAGAUAACUACAUCCGCUUUGCCGUCCGUGCCGAAGUUCAGCAUCGCACUGAACCCAUUGAGACAGCCAUCAACUUCAUGCGUGAUCACUACAAAGCUCUUACUAGGACAUGGUCAACAACUUUCACCACCAUCAUCAUUGCCUUCUUCUCUGUCUCCAUCUUCAAAUCUCUCUUACAGCCCGCUGCCCCACGUCCAGUUGGCGAUCUUGUGAAAGUUGCAGGACUAGCUCGCUCAUUCGAACCCCUCAUAUAUUACUCCGAGCAUGCUGUUUCCCAAGUACAUGAUCUACAGGCGACAAGCGUUGCUGUCUGGGAUCUCGGUGAGAGUGUACGUACAAGUGAAAUGCGCGAUGCUCCUAGAAUCGUGGCAGACCUAGAUGCUCUCAGUGAGACUAUGAAGACGUUGGCCAUAGAGAUGACCAAAUUCUUUGCUAGAGUCGAUGGCGACAUUGAUGGCAUCCUCAACGUCAUGGAUUGGGCCAAAAUGCACCUCAACCGCCUCAAAUCAUCCCCUUCCCCUUCAACUAUCUCCUCAGCUUACGACAACAUUCACAAUCUUCUCUCACAAGCACAUGUCCUUGAGGAUGCCUCCGGCUCUCCUACCACUCUUGGUCGUUUGGCCAGCCACAUAUUUGGCCUCUCAAAUCCGCAAAGGGAGCAACGCAUGGUGCAGCUCCUCUUCACCGAGUUUCUUUCUGUCCUUGAAGACUCCAUCCAAGCUGAGCUACAACAUAGCGUCACCCUAUUCGCCCUUUUCGAAGCUGUGGAUCAUCACUUCCUGAAUCUUGCCCGCACUGUUGUUCGCGAAUCGUCUGCUCAGGAAGAACUUCAUGCCGAUAUGCUUUCGAGCCUCUGGACGCGGCUCCUUGGAACAAGAUCUGCUGAAUUACGUAAAUUUGAACAGAAUCGUCUGCUAUUACGCGACGUCCGGGAAAAGACAGUGCGCAAUAAAGGCAUUCUUGUUGAACACAACGGCAAACUUUUAACUUUAAAAGCGUCCCUAGAAACUCUUCGCAGCAAACUCGUCUCGCCUCUUGUUCGCGGCGUCAACUCUACAACACUCACAUUGGAGGAUCAAAUUCGUGGUCUCAGCGAUGUGAGCGAUUACCUCGGUGAUGUCAGGAAACAGCAGAAGGGUAAAGUCAUGGAGACUCUGUUUGGUAGUGUACCCAGCAAAAAGUAUGCAAUCGAAGACAGGCCUGGCACUGUUGUCGUAAAUCCCCUCUAA